UAUUCAUCCAAAUCAACAGUACAAUCUUCCCUCCCCGCUGCAGUUUUAAACACAUCCCACUUUGUGCAGCCAAAGCAGUCCUGAAGUACUUGAUCAGUUUCUUCAUUCCACACUUUAACUGCUGUACUUACAGGGGGAGUUUUUUUUAAGAAGUUGUCUGUAUGUUGGAUAAAGGAAUAUAGAGAUGUGGUCGGCCUUUCCAAAGUGGGGUCUUGGAACAGCCUUCAAAGCACCUUUCAUGUUGCUGUAGACAUUUCAGACAUUUCAGACAUUUCAUCCAAAAUGAAUUCUGCUUAGCGUCCUCAUUUAAACCUUGCAAACUUGUAUGACCCUUACUCUUUAAAGCAUCGUAAUGGAGAAUCGUUAGGAACCGAAAUUGAAAACAAGGAAUCUGAAUCUAAACCGUAAUCGUUCAAAUACAAACGAUGACCAACCCUACUCCUUAGUGAAAGAGUUUGCCGAAAGGCACCUGAAAGACUCUCAGACGAUGAGGAACCAAGUUCUCUGGUGUGAUAAGACGAAUAUUGAACUCUUUGGUGUGAAUGCCAGGUGUCACGUUUGGAAGAAACCCGGCUCCUCUCAUCACUUGGCCAAUAGCAUCCUUAGAGUGAAGCAUGGUGGUGGCACCAUCAUACUGUGGGGAUGUUUUUCAGCAGCAGGCACUGGGAGGCUAGUCAGGAUAGAAAGAAAUAUGAAUGCAGCAAUGUGCAGAGACAUCCUGGAUGAAAACCUGCUCCAGAGCUCCCUUGACUGGGGGAACGGUUCCUCUUUCAGCUGGACACAGCCAAGAUAUCUAAGGAGUGGCUUCAGGACAACUCUGUGAAUGGCCUUGAGUGGCCCAGCCAGAGAGAGUUAUGAGCUGUUCAUGUCUUUGUAAGGGAGUAAACUUAUCAAACACUUAUUUUUCUCAUUAGACAUGCUUAAACGCUGUGUCACAUAGUCACAUAACUCUUACCAUGCGUGGUACUGAGUGUUCCAGAAUGUCUUAACUUGUCAAGGCAACUUCUCAUUCGUAAUUAUUAUAUCAUGAUUGACUGCAGCUGAAAGUCUCUUUGGCAGCACAAAAAGAUUUGUAUGACAGCAGUGAUUGGUUCGCCCAGUACUUGAACAAAGCAACUCAGUGAAGAUAUGAGAAUGAGCAUUUCAGAUUAUAUAUACGUAUAAGUUGGGGAAAGUCUUUUGGAGUCCUUUCUAAACAACUGCCGGUUGGAGAAAUGUGAAAAUGCUUCCACAGAGUGCUUUCCAUCCAACCUGAUGAAGAGGAAACUGCACUAAGAUACAGUAGGUUUCCUGAUAGGUGGGGAUGUCCUGCGCCUCCUUCAUGGUCACAUGGACGAGUGUCUAACUGUUCCAUCUGGGGAACAUGGAGAAGAGCAGCGGAGGACGGUGCAUUAUGAGGGUGGAGCUGUUUCCAGUCAUGCCAGGUCCCUGUGGAGGUUGGAGACACGGCGAGUUCUGUGGAGUGGGAGUCAUAUUCGCUGGGGCCAGCCAUUCAGACUGAGACAUGUGACUAGUGGGAAGUAUCUGAGUCUGACAGAAGAUAAAACACUACUGCUAAUGGAAAAAGAAAAAGCAGAUGUCAAGUCAACAGCCUUUUGUUUCAGAUCUUCCAAGGAAAAGGUUGAGCAUGGUGUGAAAAAGGAAAUGGAUGGAAUGGGAAUUCCUGACAUUAAGUAUGGUGACUCAGUGUGCUACAUUCAACACAUUGACACCUGUCUGUGGCUCACUUACCAGACUGUUGAUGCCAAAAGUGCACGCAUUGGUGAAGUUCAGAGAAAGGCCAUUAUGCACCAUGAAGGUCACAUGGAUGACGGGCUGACUCUGUCUCGGUCACAGCAUGAGGAGAGUCGCACUGCCAGAGUAAUACGCAGUACUGUGUUCUUGUUCAACCUCUUUAUCAGGAGUCUCGACGCAUUAAGAACAAAAGGAAAGGCCACAAGUUUUGAUCUGCCAAUUGAUUCAAUCAGCCUGAGUCUGCAGGAUCUGAUUGGCUACUUCCAGCCGCCCGGUGAUCAUCUUGACCAUGAAGAUAAGCAAAAUCGCCUGAGAGCUUUGAAGAAUCGACAGAAUCUCUUUCAAGAAGAGGGCAUGAUCAGCCUCGUAUUGGAAUGUAUUGAUCGACUCCAUGUGUACAGCAGUGCCGCUCAUUUCACUGAAGCGGCUGGAAGGGAGGCAGGAGAGGCCUGGGGCUCCAUCCUUAACUCUCUGUAUCAACUACUAGCUGCACUUAUCAGGGGUAACAGAAAGAACUGUGCUCAGUUUUCGGGUUCUUUAGACUGGCUUAUUAGCAGACUGGAGAGACUGGAGGCCUCCUCUGGCAUACUAGAGGUGCUUCACUGUGUUUUGGUGGAAAGUCCCGAAGCGUUGAACAUUAUCAAAGAAGGACACAUCAAGUCCAUCAUUUCUCUCCUGGACAAACACGGCCGAAACCACAAGGUUCUUGACGUGUUGUGUUCGCUUUGUGUGUGUCAUGGUGUGGCAGUACGCUCCAACCAGCACCUGAUCUGUGACAACCUACUGCCAGGAAGAGACUUGUUACUCCAGACACGUCUGAUCAAUCACAUAACCAGCAUACGUCCCAAUAUCUUCCUGGGCCUCAGUGAGGGCUCUGCACAGUACAAAAAGUGGUACUAUGAGCUGAUUAUAGACCAAGCGUUGCCAUUUGUUACAGCUGAAGCAUCUCAUCUCAGGGUGGGCUGGGCCAACACAAAUGGCUACGUUCCCUGCCCCAGCGGGGGGGAGGGUUGGGGGGGCAAUGGUGUGGGUGAUGACCUCUACUCCUUUGGCUUUGAUGGACUCCAUCUUUGGUCAGGCUGUAUUGCAAGGACUGUUAGCUCACUUAACCAGCACCUUCUGAGAGCUGAGGAUGUGGUGAGCUGCUGCUUGGACCUUAGUGUGCCCAGUAUCUCCUUCAGGAUCAAUGGCCAACCAGUUCAGGGCAUGUUUGAGAACUUCAACUCCGAUGGCCUCUUUUUCCCUGUGGCCAGCUUCUCUGCAGGAGUCAAGUUUCGUUUCCUACUUGGAGGUCGCCAUGGGGAGUUUAAGUUUCUCCCUCCUCCAGGGUAUGCGCCUUGCUUUGAGGCCGUGCUGCCCAGGGACAAACUGAAACUGGAGCCCUGUCAACACCAGACUGCAGCAAGAGAGCUUCUGGGACCCACUGUCACCAUGAGCCAGACAGCGUUCACACCCAUGCCUGUGAACACCAGCCAGAUUACCCUCCCACCUCAGUUAGAGAGAAUCCGGGAGAAGCUUGCAGAAAACAUCCAUGAGCUGUGGGUGAUGAACAAGAUUGAACUGGGCUGGACCUACGGUACAGUGCGCGAUGACAACAAGCGGCAGCACCCAUGUUUGGUGGAGUUCUCCAAGUUGCCAGAACAGGAACGCAGCUACAACUUACAGAUGUCUCUGGAGACCCUCAAAACUCUUCUUGCUUUGGGGUGCCAUGUCGGUCUUGCAGAUGAACAUGCGGUAGACAAAGUCAAGAGCAUAAAGCUGUCGCAAAACUAUGAAUUGUCCAGUGGUUACAAGCCUGCUCCCCUGGACCUCUGUCACAUCAAACUCACCUCCACUCAGGAAGCAAUGGUGGACAAAUUAGCUGAAAAUGCACACAAUGUCUGGGCAAGAGAUCGCAUCCGUCAGGGUUGGACAUAUGGUAUCCAACAGGAUGUAAAGAAUCGUAGAAAUCCUCGUCUGGUCCCCUACAGUCUUCUAGAUGGAAGAACCAAGAAAUCCAACAAAGACAGUCUGAGAGAGGCCGUCAGGACUCUGCUGGGUUAUGGGUACAACCUGGAAGCUCCCGACCAGGAUCACGCUCAAUUUGAUCCCAACAAUAUGUCCGCUGAAAGGUUCCGGAUCUUCAGAGCUGAGAAAACCUACUGUGUUAAUGCAGGAAAGUGGUACUUUGAAUUGGAGGUAUUAACCGCAGGAGAGAUAAGGGUUGGCUGGGCAAGACCGGGCUGCCUGCAAGGCCAAGAAUUGGGUUGUGAUGAUCAGGCUUUUGUCUUUGAUGGAUUCAAGGUUCAGCGGUGGCACCAGGGCAAUGAGCACUUUGGCCGUGCGUGGCAGACAGGUGAUGUGGUCGGCUGCAUGGUGGACCUGAAUGAACACACCAUGAUGUUUACCCUCAAUGGAGAAGUGCUGCUUGAUGACUCCGGCUCAGAUCUCGCCUUCAAAGAAUUUGAUGUUGGUGAAGGUUUCAUCCCGGUGUGCAGUGUGGGUGUGUGCCAAGUUGGGAGGAUGAACUUUGGUAAAGACGUGAGCACCCUGAAGUACUUUACCAUAUGUGGUCUGCAGGAAGGUUACGAGCCAUUUGCUGUCAACAUGAAUCGAGACGUCACAAUGUGGCACAGCAAAAGAUUACCUCAGUUUGUACCUGUACCCACCAACCACCAACAUAUAGAGGUGACAAGAAUAGAUGGGACAGUGGAUUUGUGCCCUUGUCUGAAGGUCACCCAGAAGUCAUUUGGUUCGCAGAACAGCAACACUGACAUUACUUUCUACAGACUAAGUAUGCCCAUUGAGUGCGCUGAGUCCUUCUCCAGAUCUCCAUCUAAUGGUAGCCUUUUGUCACCCAAGAGAGAGCUGGAUGACUUCGAAACCGUUUCAGACUUUGAGGUCCUUAUGAAAACAUCUCAUGGUCACAAUGGUCCAAGCGGCCCAGACAGACCUGAAUUCAACAACCACAAAGAUUACAACCAGGAGAAAACCUCUAAGCUCAAACAAAGGUUCAUGCUGAAGAAGAAUAAACCAGACAACUCAUGCCCCUCCUCUGCUCGUCUGUCAGAAGACGUGAUGGCUGAUGACAGGGAGGAUUUUGAAUUCCUCAUGCAAGCUUCAACUCACUCUUACUCAGUGAGGAUCUUCCCUGGCCAGGAGCCCAGCAAUGUAUGGGUGGGCUGGGUCACCUCUGACUUCCAUCAGUACGACCCACACUUUGACUUGAACAAAGUUCAAACCGUCACUGUGACUUUGGGAGAUGAUAAAGGCAAAGUGCAUGAGAGUAUAAAGCGCAGUAACUGCUACAUGGUGUGGGCUGGAGAGAGCAGCAGUCCAGGUCAAGGAAGGCGAAACAACGGUUUAGAGAUUGGAUGUUUGGUUGACACAGCAAAUGGACUACUGUCCUUUACGGCGAAUGGUAAAGAGCUCAGCACAUACUACCAGGUGGAGCCCAGUACAAAGCUCUUCCCAGCAGUCUUUGCCAAGGCUACCAGCCCGAGUGUCUUCCAGUUUGAAUUGGGGCGGAUUAAGAAUGUGAUGCCUCUGUCAGCUGGUUUAUUUCCAAGUGAGAGGAAGAAUCUAGUCCCCCAAUGUCCUCCACGGUUGCAUGUCCAGUUUCUCACACCUGUAUUGUGGAGUCGUGUUCCCAAUCACUUUCCCAAGGUGUCAGUAUCUAGAGUGAAUGACCGACAUGGCUGGCUGAUUCACUGCAACGAACCUCUGCAGUUUCUGUCUCUGCACAUACCUGAGGAGAACAGGUCAGUGGAUGUCCUGGAGCUCUCAGAGAGGAGGGACUUAUUAAAGUUUCACUAUCACACCCUCAGACUAUACUCUGCAAUCUGUGCUUUGGGAAACAACCGGGUGGCUCAUGCCCUUUGCUCCCAUGUAGAUGAGGCACAGCUCCUGCAUGCUAUAGAGAAUAAAUAUAUGCCAGGUUUGCUUCGUACAGGCUACUAUGACCUCCUGAUUGACAUCCACCUGAGCAGCUAUGCGACAGCUCGCCUCAUGAUGAACAAUGAGUAUAUUGUUCCAAUGACAGGGGAAACCAAGAGUAUAACCCUCUUUCCCGAUGAGAAGCGGAAACAUGGUCUGCCUGGCAUUGGUCUGAGCACUUCUCUGAGACCCAGAAUGCACUUUUCAUCUCCGAGUUUUGUCUGUGGGCCUGGAUUGUCAUCUCGAACCUCUUGCAACAAUGGAUCAGGAUCGGGAGAGUCUUACCAGUACAGCCCUGAAUUUCCCUUGGACAAACUAAAAACAAAAACAAUUGAGAUGUUAACAGAGGCAGUCUGUGAGGGGAACAUGCAUGUGAGGGAUCCAAUAGGGGGCAGCACUGAAUUUCUCUUUGUCCCGCUCCUAAAGCUCUUAUACACCAUGCUAAUCAUGGGUGUUUUCCAAAACGGAGAUUUGAAGAACAUACUGCAACUGAUUGAGCCGUCUGUGUUCUCCGAAAGAUGUGAAGGGCAGGAAGACAUGCAUAGGGAGGUGGGACUGGUAAAGGGGGUGGAGGCAGAGGGAGGAGGAGAAGACGAAGGAAGAAACUUGCCCAAAGAGGGACUGUUGCAGAUGAAACUCCCGGAACCAGUCAAACUUCAGAUGUGCCAUGUUAUGCAGUACCUGUGUGACUGCCAAGUGCGUCAUCGUAUUGAAGCAGUAGUAGCCUUCUCUGAUGACUUUGUAGCCUCUCUCCAAGAAAACCAGAGGUUUCGCUACAAUGAGGUGAUGCUUGCGCUAAACAUGUCUGCUGCUCUCACCGCCAAGAAGACCAAAGAGUUCAGAUCCCCUCCUCAGGAACAGAUUAACAUGUUGCUGAACUUUAAGAAGGAGAAGCAAGAGUGCCCAUGUCCCGAAUACAUCCAAGAACAGCUACUUGACUUCCACGAGGACCUCAUGAUACACUGUGGUAUAGAGUUGGAUGAAGAUGGUGCUUUAAAUGGGGACAGUGAUUUCACCAUUCGAGGUCGACUCAUGUCGUUGGUGGAAAAAGUGUCUAACCUGAAGAAGAAGAUGGCCAACCUGCCCAAGGAAAAGGCAGACCGGAAACCCAGUACGUUACAGCAGUUGGUUUCAGACACGAUGGUUCGCUGGUCUCAGGAGUCGCUUAUUGAGGAUCCUGAGCUCGUCAGAGCCAUGUUUGUCCUGUUGCACCGACAGUAUGAUGGCAUUGGAGGACAGGCCCGGGCACUUCCCAAGACCUACACAAUCAACUCUGUAUCGAUCGAGGAAACCAUCAAUCUCCUGGCUGCUCUAGGUCAGAUCAGAUCGCUGCUGAGUGUGCGCAUGGGUAGAGAAGAGGAGAAACUUAUGAUCCGGGGGCUGGGUGAUAUUAUGAACAACAAGGUGUUCUACCAGCAUCCUAAUUUGAUGAGAGCUCUGGGGAUGCAUGAGACUGUCAUGGAGGUUAUGGUGAAUGUACUCAGCGGAGGAGACUGCAAGGAAAUCACCUUCCCCAAAAUGGUGGCCAACUGUUGCCGUUUCCUUUGUUACUUCUGUCGAAUUAGCCGUCAAAACCAGAAAGCUAUGUUUGACCAUCUGAGCUACCUACUGGAGAACAGCAGUGUUGGUCUUGCAUCCCCAUCGAUGCGAGGAUCCACCCCUCUUGAUGUGGCUGCAGCAUCAGUGAUGGAUAAUAAUGAGUUGGCCCUUGCUUUGAGAGAGCCAGAUUUAGAGAAGGUGGUGCAGUAUUUGGCCGGCUGUGGACUGCAGAGCUGCGCAAUGCUGGUGCGUAAAGGAUAUCCUGACAUCGGCUGGAACCCUGUGGAAGGAGAACGCUACCUGGACUUCCUGCGCUUUGCCGUAUUUUGCAAUGGUGAAAGUGUGGAAGAGAACGCCAACCUUGUGGUGAGACUUCUGAUUCGUCGACCUGAAUGCUUCGGCCCCGCACUUCGGGGAGAGGGUGGUGAUGGGUUGCUGGCAACGAUGGAAGGAGCAAUUAUGAUUUCUCAGGAUCCCUCUCAAGAUGGUCCUUCUCCUACAUCAGAGAGCAGCAAGAAUCUCAGUGAUGGGUUGGAGGAAGAAGAUGAUACCAUCCACUUGGGGAAUGCCAUCAUGACCUUCUAUGCAGCUCUCAUUGAUCUGCUUGGACGUUGUGGUCCAGAGAUGCAUCUGAUACAUGCUGGUAAAGGUGAAGCAAUCCGCAUCAGAGCCAUUCUAAGGUCUCUUAUUCCCAUUGAAGACCUCGUGGGUGUCAUCAGCAUUCCUUUCUCUAUGCCAAGUCUUGCUAAAGAUGGCAUGGUGUUGGAGCCAGACAUGUCAGCUGGUUUCUGUCCGGAUCAUAAAGCUGCCAUGGUUCUGUUUUUGGACCGGGUAUAUGGUGUAGAAGACCAGAAUUUCCUCCUUCACCUGCUCGAGGUCGGCUUCCUACCAGAUCUCAGAGCUGCAGCUUCUUUGGACACUGCUGCGCUCAGUGCCACAGAUAUGGCUCUUGCCCUCAACAGGUACCUGUGCACGGCAGUAUUACCACUACUGACGAAAUGUGCACCAUUGUUUGCGGGGACAGAGCCGCAUGCGUCACUGAUCGAUUCCCUCCUCCACACGGUUUACCGUCUGUCCAAAGGCUGCUGCCUUACCAAAGCACAGAGAGAUUCCAUCGAAGAAUGUCUACUUGCAGUUUGUGGUAAACUGAGGCCUUCAAUGAUGCAGCAUCUGCUGCGGAGGCUUGUGUUUGACAUUCCUUUGCUUAAUGAACACACCAAGAUGCCUUUGAAGCUUUUGACCAAUCACUUUGAGCGCUGUUGGAAGUAUUAUUGCCUGGCAGGAGGCUGGGCGAGUUUUGGAGCUGCAUCAGAUGAAGAGCUCCACCUUUCCAGGAAAUUGUUCUGGGGAAUAUUUGAUGCUCUCUCUCACAAGCCUUAUGACCAGGAGCUGUUUAAACUGGCAUUGUUAUGCCUAAGUGCAGUAGCAGGAGCUCUUCCUCCAGACUACAUGGAGUCAAACUACAUGGCCAUGAUGGAGAAACAGUCGUCCAUGGACUCUGAAGGAAACUUCACUCCACAGCCUGCAGACACUGCCACCGUGACUAUCCCAGAGAAACUGGAUCAGGUCAUAGCCAGAUAUGCAGAGCAUAACCACGAGAAGUGGUGUUUCGAAAAGUUUUCCAAUGGCUGGUCGUAUGGGGAAAAUAUAUGUGAAGCCUCCAGGAGCCACAAUUUACUAAAGCCUUUUAAAGGACUUGCUGAGAAGGAUAAAGAGGUAUACUGCGGGCCAAUCAGAGAGUCCCUGAAGACCAUGCUCUGUUGGGGCUGGAGUAUCAACAGGAUCAGAGAGAGUGACGCUGCCAGCCUCAAUAACAAAUCUCGGAGGAUAUCGCAGAUCAGCCAGCUUUCCUUUGAAGGAACUCAGAUUUUCAACCCCAGUCCAAUUGAUAUGAGCAAUGUUACGCUGUCCAGAGACAUGCAGUCAAUGGCAGAGCUGCUUGCAGAAAACUAUCAUAACAUCUGGGCCAGGAAAAAGAAAAUGGAGCUGGAAGCCAAAGGUGGAGGAAAUCACCCUCUACUCGUUCCCUUUGAUACAAUGACUGCUAAAGAGAAAUUAAAAGACAGACAAAAAGCACAAGACAUGCUGAAGUUCCUCCAGCUCAAUGGUUACACGGUGUCGAGAGGUGUGAAACUGCAGGAGUUGGACACACCAGCCAUAGAGAAGCGAUUUGCGUACACGUUCCUUCAGCAGCUCAUCAAAAAUGUAGACCAGGCCCACCAGCACAUGAUGGAGUUUGACAUGGAAACACGACCAAAGGGAGUGACGAUUCCUCAUGAACAACAAAUGAAGUUCUUUGGAAAGAUUGUCUUGCCAUUGGUGGAUCAGUACUUCAAAAACCAUCGGCUGUACUUCCUAUCCACAUCAAUCCAUCCCAUUAGUAGUGGUGGACAUGCUUCCAAUAAGGAGAAAGAAAUGGUGACAAGUCUUUUCUGCAAACUGGGAGUACUUGUCAGAAAUAGGAUAUCCUUAUUUGGUAACAACGCCACAUCCAUUGUCAACUGUUUGCAGAUACUUGGGCAAAGUCUGGAUGCCAGGACUGUGAUGAAGACAGGAUUGGAGUCAGUCAAGGCAGCACUGAGGUCAUACUUUGCCAGUGCAGCAGAGGAUCUGGAGAAGACUCAAGAGAACCUGAAGCUUGGCCAAUUUACACACAGUCGAGAGCAGCCCCGAGGUGCCACCCAGAUCAUCAACUAUACCACCUUUGGCCUGCUUCCGAUCCUGUCUUCUUUAUUUGAACACAUUGGACAGAACACUUUUGGAGAAGAUUUAAUAUUGGAUGAUGUCCAAGUUUCCUGCUACAGAAUCCUGAGAAGCCUUCACUUUCUGGGAACCAAUGAAAGCAUCUAUGUGGAAAAGCAUCGUCCAGCAUUAGGAAAGUGUUUGGCUUUUUUUACAACAGCCUUCCCAGUUGCAUUCCUUGAACCUCACAUCAACAUGUUCAACAGUGUCUCAAUCUACAACAGCCAAAGAGCAAAAGACAGAACAGCUCUUGGUCUUCCAGGACAGGUUGUAGAUGUUUGUCCAAUGAUUCCAAAUUUGGAGAAGUCUCUGGAUGAGAUCAUGGAGGUGGCAGAAUCUGGCAUGAAAUACACUCAAAUGCCCCAUAUCAUGGAGGUGGUUUUACCAGUUUUGUGCAGCUACAUGUCUCACUGGUGGGAACACGGACCAGAGAACAACCCAGACAGUGCUGACAGCUGCUGCACAUCUGUGACUUCUGAACAUAUGAACAUGUUGCUCGGAAACAUCUUAAAGAUCAUCUACAACAACUUGGGGAUUGACGAGGGGGCUUGGAUGAAAAGACUCGCUGUCUUUUCUCUGCCAAUCAUCAACAAGGCAAAAGCCCCGUUGCUCAAGACCCACUUUCUGCCUCUGAUGAAGAAACUCAGAAAAAAAGCAGCAGUUGUGCUGAUGGACGAAGAACAGAGCAAGGCGGAGGGGAGGGGUGAGAUGUCUGAAACUGAGCUUCUUAUUAUGGACCAAUUCUCUGUGCUCGUCAGAGACCUUUAUGCCUUUUAUCCACUCCUCAUACGGUUUGUCGACUACAACAGGGCCACAUGGCUGAAAGAGUCUAAUCCAGAAGCUGAGGUGCUGUUCCGAAUGGUGGCUGAAGUUUUCAUCUUCUGGGCAAAGUCUCAUAACUUCAAAAGAGAGGAGCAGAAUUUUGUGGUCCAGAAUGAAAUCCACAACAUGUCCUUCCUUAUCUCCGAUUCCAAGUGUAAGAUGUCAAAGGGAAUAGUUUCAGACCAGGAGAGGAAGAAGCUGAGGAGAAAAGGGGACCGAUAUUCAAUGCAGACCAGUUUGAUUGUGGCAACCCUGAAGCGUCUGCUGCCUGUUGGACUCAACGUUUGUGCUCCUGGUGAACAAGAGCUGAUUGCGCUUGCGAAGAACCGAUUCAAUCAGAAAGAUACUGAGGAUGAGGUCCGUGAAGUCAUCAAAAACAACCUGCAUCUACAGGGAAAGUUACAGGACCCAGCGAUUCGAUGGCAGAUGGCUCUGUACAGAGACAUUCCGAAUCACUGUGACUACACCUCUGACCCAGAGAGGACUGUGGAAAGAGUUUUGAACAUCGCUCAUGUCCUCUUCCACUUAGACCAGGUUGAACAUCCCCAGCGCAGCAAGAAGGCUGUGUGGCACAAAUUACUGUCCAAACAGCGAAAGAGAGCUGUAGUUGCUUGCUUUAGGAUGGCUCCCCUCUAUAAUCUACCCAGGCACCGGGCUGUCAACUUGUUCCUGCAGGGCUACGAGAAAUCCUGGAUUGAAGCAGAAGAGCACUUCUUUGAAGACAAACUAAUAGAGGAUCUUGCUAAAUCGAGCGAACAGGAGCCAUUUGAGGAGGAAGAGGGAGUGAAGCAAAUCGACCCAUUGCAUCAGCUCAUCCAGCUUUUCAGUCGAACAGCCCUGACAGAGAAGUGUAAACUGGAUGAAGACAAUCUCUAUAUGGCUUACGCUGACAUCAUGGCCAAGAGCUGCCAUGAUGAAGAAGAUGAAGAUGGAGAUGAAGUAAAAAGUUUUGAAGUAGGUUUUCUUCUUCAUAGCUUGUUGCAUGCUAUUACCAGUCAAACAUGUUGGUUUUUUUUUUCAUUUUUCCGUGGACAGGAAAAGGAGAUGGAAAAGCAGAAGUUGUUAUAUCAGCAAGAAAGGCUCCAUGACCGCGGAGCUGCUGAGAUGGUGCUUCAGACCAUUAGUGCCAGCAAAGGUGAGAUAGGCCCUAUGGUGGCCUCCACUCUAAAACUGGGCAUUGCUAUUCUCAAUGGAGGAAACUCUACCGUCCAACAGAAAAUGCUGGAUUAUCUGAAGAACAAAAAGGAUGUGGGCUUCUUUCAGAGUCUCGCUGGCCUCAUGCAGUCUUGCAGCGUUCUAGAUCUAAAUGCAUUUGAGAGGCAGAACAAAGCAGAAGGACUUGGAAUGGUGACCGAGGAGGGAUCAGUCAUGACUCAUGAGCGUGGUGAGAAGGUCAUGCAGGAUGAUGAGUUCACCUGUGACCUUUUCCGCUUCCUCCAGCUACUCUGUGAAGGACACAACUCAGACUUCCAGAACUACUUAAGGACUCAAACAGGGAACAAUACAACCGUCAACAUCAUCAUCUCCACUGUUGACUACCUUCUAAGAGUUCAGGAGUCUAUUAGUGACUUCUACUGGUACUACUCUGGGAAAGAUGUCAUUGAUGAACAAGGACAGAGGAACUUCUCAAAGGCAAUCAACGUGGCCAAGCAGGUUUUCAACACACUAACAGAGUAUAUCCAGGGUCCAUGCACUGGCAAUCAGCAGAGUUUGGCACACAGUCGACUGUGGGAUGCUGUGGUUGGGUUUCUACAUGUCUUUGCUCAUAUGCAGAUGAAAUUGUCUCAGGACUCCAGUCAGAUUGAGUUACUGAAGGAACUGAUGGAUCUUCAGAAAGACAUGGUCGUCAUGUUGCUUUCUAUGCUGGAGGGGAAUGUGGUUAAUGGGACCAUUGGAAAACAGAUGGUUGACAUGCUUGUGGAAUCAUCAAACAAUGUGGAGAUGAUUUUGAAGUUCUUUGAUAUGUUCCUCAAAUUGAAAGACCUCACCUCCUCAGAUGCCUUUAAAGAGUACGACCCUGAUGGGAAAGGCGUCAUCUCUAAGAGAGACUUUCAAAAGGCAAUGGAGAGCCACAAGCAUUACACAAAGUCUGAGACCGACUUUCUUCUCUGCUGUGCUGAGACUGAUGAAAAUGAACUCCUUGACUAUGAGGAAUUCGUGGAGCGCUUUCAUGAACCAGCUAAGGAUAUUGGCUUCAAUGUGGCGGUUUUGCUGACCAACUUAUCGGAGCACAUGCCUCACGACACCCGGCUGCAGACCUUCCUGGAGUUGGCAGAGAGUGUUCUUAACUACUUCCAGCCCUACCUGGGUCGGAUUGAGAUCAUGGGCAGUGCCAAGCGGAUAGAGAGAGUCUACUUUGAGAUCAGUGAAUCCAGUCGAACACAGUGGGAGAAACCUCAGGUUAAAGAAUCCAAGCGCCAGUUCAUCUUUGACGUGGUGAAUGAAGGAGGCGAGAAGGAAAAGAUGGAGUUGUUCGUGAAUUUCUGUGAGGACACCAUCUUCGAAAUGCAACUGGCUGCUCAGAUGUCAGACAUUGGCGAGCGCUUUGCAGCAAAAGAAGAUAGUGAGCAAGAUAAUCCAAAUGUGGAAAAUGCUGAAAUGGGCUUCUUCUCGGUUACCACGAUCCACAUGGCACUGAUAGCUCUGCAGGGCAAUGUCAUGCUGCUGAUCAAGGUGCUGUCCAUGAAGAGUUUGAGGAAGCAGAUGAAGAAGAUAAAGAGCAUGACAGCGAAAGACAUGGUGACUACCUUGCUUUCAUUCUACUGGUCAGCGUUGCAAGGCCUCCUCUACAUAGCGUAUAGUGUGGUUCGAGGAUUUUGCAGAAUUAUCUGCAAUAGCAUCUUAGGAGCCAACCUGGUUGAUGCGGCCAAUACUAUAAAGGUGUCUGAGCCUCUGGUAAACAUGCCUGACUCUACUCAGGACGAAGUCAGGGCAGACGGGGAGGACAAAGACAAGAAAUCAUUUGACAGGAGCUCAGUGAAGGAGGACCUGGCAGAGUUGGCUAUCAACACCAGUGACACCGAGCUGCUUUCCGACAUUUUUGGCCUGGACUUACGGAGAGAAGGAGGGCAAUACAAAAUUACUCCGCACAACCCCUAUGCCAGUCUGACUGAACUUCUUAACUCUCCACUUCCUUCGGCACCCUCCUCAGCUGCCUCAACAGCACCCCCCCCUGGGCUCAGACACAGGCAUCAGAAGCAGAAGGGACCAACCCCAGAAACUGCAUGUGAACCAGACAAAAUGGGUGAACAUGGAGAUAAACAAGAGAAAAAUGAAAAGAUAAAGACAAAGGUGAAAAGGCGUAAGUUCGCAAAAGAUGAACCUGACAUGCAGGAGUCGGCGGUAUUGAAGAAGAUCAUUGCCUACCAGAGGAAACUGCUGAAUUAUUUUGCCAGGAACUUCUACAACAUGAGGAUGUUGGCUCUAUUUGUUGCAUUUGCCAUAAACUUCAUUCUCCUAUUCUAUAAGGUUUCUACAUCCUCAGCAUCAGUAGCUGAGGAAAAGAAAGUGAUGCACUCCAGCAGCCAACCAGACAACAGCAUUCAAUGGGAACCAUUAGGUGGUGAGCCUACGCCAGAGACAAAAGAUGAGGUCAUGGAUGACCCCAGAGAGCUCCUGAAGUCCGUUAUGGUGCGCUUUGUUCUGGAGGAAGGCAGUGGAUACAUGGAGCCCAUGCUGCGGAUCCUGGCUAUCCUUCAUACUGUCAUCUCCUUCUUCUGCAUCAUUGGAUAUUACUGUCUCAAGGUUCCAUUGGUAAUCUUCAAGCGUGAGAAGGAAAUUGCCAGGAAGUUGGAGUUUGAUGGCCUUUACAUUACUGAGCAGCCUUCUGAGGAUGACAUCAAAGGGCAGUGGGACAGACUUGUUAUCAACACACAAUCUUUCCCAAACAACUACUGGGAUAAGUUUGUAAAGCGAAAAGUGAUGGAUAAAUAUGGGGAAUUUUAUGGACAUGACCGGAUCAGCGAGCUGCUGGGAUUGGACAAGGCUGCUUUGGACUUCAGUGAUGCCUAUAAAAAAAGAAAGCCCAGGAGAGACAGCUCACUGGCUGCUGUGCUGAACUCCAUUGAUGCUAAAUACCAGAUAUGGAAGCUGGGAGUGGUGUUCACCGACAAUUCAUUCCUGUAUCUGGCCUGGUAUAUGACCAUGUCCAUUCUGGGUCACUACAACAAUUUUUUCUUUGCUGCACAUCUGCUUGAUAUUGCAAUGGGGUUCAAGACGCUGCGGACCAUUCUGUCAUCUGUCACACACAACGGAAAACAGCUGGUCUUAACAGUUGGCCUGUUAGCGGUGGUGGUGUAUCUCUACACAGUAGUGGCCUUCAACUUCUUCAGGAAGUUCUACAACAAGAGUGAAGAUGGAGAACUACCCGACAUGAAAUGUGAUGACAUGCUGACUUGCUACAUGUUCCACAUGUAUGUGGGAGUGCGCGCAGGUGGAGGUAUUGGUGACCAGAUUGAGGACCCAGCAGGAGAUGAGUAUGAGAUCUACCGUAUCAUCUUUGACAUCACCUUUUUCUUCUUUGUCAUCGUAAUCCUUCUGGCCAUCAUUCAAGGUUUGAUCAUUGAUGCAUUUGGAGAACUGCGAGACCAACAAGAGCAAGUGAAAGAGGACAUGGAGACCAAAUGUUUUAUUUGUGGAAUAGGCAAUGAUUACUUUGAUACAGUGCCACACGGCUUUGAAACACACACGCUACAGGAGCACAACUUGGCCAAUUACCUAUUCUUUGUGAUGUAUCUUAUCAACAAAGAUGAAACAGAGCACACAGGCCAGGAGUCUUAUGUAUGGAAGAUGUACCAGGAGCGCUGCUGGGAGUUCUUCCCUGCUGGGGAUUGUUUCCGGAAACAGUAUGAAGAUCACCUCAACUGAUCCGUCAAUGGAAUUCUUUCUUUCCUGGCAGUUCCUAAAGGCCAGGUGCUCCAUACAGGUUUAUUCUCUUCCUCCCAGGGCAGAGAGGAAGGACAUCUCUGAAACGUAAACCCAGGCUGAUGAGUACAGGUGUUCAUCCAAGAGCUUCCUCAACUUGCCAACUCUGCUCCAUCUUCCAGCACACUCAUUUUGGAAUGCUUUGUACAUAGAAAUGAGCUUAUUAUAAAAUGUGUGUGAGACUGGUGGCAUGUAAUAACUGUCUGGCUCAAAUAAUGAGUGUUUCGUUUCUUCGUAUUUCACAUCACAGCAACAAGCGAGAAAAAAGAAAGAAAACACAAAAGCAUCGACAGAAGUGAGGAGUUCGAGGUUUAAAAACAUGUUAGAGGGACACUUGCGUGAUUUGCAAGAGGUUCUGUGUACAUCUGACACUGCAUGUCGGUACAGGGAGUGGACGCGGCGACACUGAAAGCGGCUGCAAUACAGGUUUGCAAUAUAUCUUUCAAUAAUCUCCUGCUGUUGUCACUGUCAUAACUUCGUUUGUCCAUUUUCAAUUGUGCUACUUGUAAACUCUGCAUGCAACGGACGGACGGGAAGAUGAUCAAAGAUGCCAAAACGGAGUCAUUUUCUACAUUUUAACAAAACAAUUUUACUGGUUUGAAUUAAAAUGGAGCCCAGCUGUUGAUAUCAUGCCGACUCGCUCUGUACUACCCGAUAGUGUGCGCGUGUGUGUGUGUGUGUGUGUGUGUGAAGGGCUAUGUAACUUUGCUUGCAACACGAUGGUAAGGAGAUGCCAGAUUAAGAAGUGAUUCUUAUGCUUGCUAUUUGCUCACAUUCUUUUUUUGAAAAGAGAGAAAUAUAUAAAUAAAUAAAUCCCACAUUUCAAUCAA